AUGAGCUUUACACAAUCCAUAUCGCGGUGGACUUCCGUUAUCCUCCUGCUGUGCUUAGGCCUGGCGCAAGCUCACACCGUCAUCACCUACCCCGGCUAUCGAGGAAACAACCUCCACACCAACGGUACCGUUGAGCAAGCUGACGGUCUCGGUGUUGCCUACGAUGCUAAGAAUGGCUCUUUAAUCUACCCAUAUGGCAUGGAGUGGAUUUAUCCCUGUGGUGGCAUGCCCAGGUCGACCAACCGAACCAAGUGGCCCGUCAGCGGUGGUGCUCUUGCCUUCCAGCCAGGCUGGUUCCCUGGCCACGCCACUGCCCUUAUCUAUGUCAAUCUCGGCUUUGGCGAAAUCCCCGCCAACAUGAGCCACCCGGUCGUCUCGCCCUUCCAGAUCGUCGGCCCUACCAACAACCCUUACCCCGGUACCGUGUGUCUGCCCCAGGUUCCUCUGCCAGCCAAUAUUAGCGUUAGCCCAGGUGACUACGCGACAAUUCAGCUGGUCGAGACCGCCAAGCACGGUGCUGCGCUAUUCAAUUGCGUGGACAUUGAGUUCGCAGAAGAUGGUGAUCCAUCUGUUGAGACGGUCACUCGCGACAAUUGUUUCAAUUCGUCGGCUAUCACCUUCGAGUACAUGUACACCACCAGUUCUAUUGGUUCGGGUGCGGCGAUGCUACAGCCCCCGAAACUGUCGGCUGCGGCUGUCGUGUCACUGUUGCUAGCUGUCGCCUUCGGCCUGUACAUACCACUGUGUCCUAUUGCUCAGUCAGAUGACGGUAUCGCAAUUCUUGGUCUGUAUUAG